UGUUAACACAGCGUGACCGAUCUGUCACUUGAGACAACUGUGUCAGUCGGGAUGUGCUGUCUGAUUAUCACACAGGCGCAUUCACAUUUUCUAAAAGAAAAUAUUGACAUCUGUGAACGACGUCGAUAUGGCGAGACGAGUGCAGCAUAUAGAUGACACGAUACACAACUGUGGAAGCCUAUUGUUUCUUCAUUUUGUCAGACAAAGGCUAAAUGAAGAUGCUCCUGUGCUUAUAGACAGUUUAUUGACACUAAGGCAAAUAGAGCUUACUGUUGAUCCUGAUGUGAUUGAUCUGAGCAACGCCCUAAACGAAGUGGCUAAAGAGUAUCAAGCAUCAGAUCAAAGACUGUUGACAAAAGCUGAAGCUAAUAAGCCAAAUUUGGAGUUGAGCGAAAAUGAUUUCAUAGAAAUUGUACGGAUGAUGAUGGGAUCUUUUGAUAGCCAGUACAAAAUAGAGACAAUAGUCGUCAUCUUCUUCUACUUCUACGACUUCAUGUUGAGAAUGUCUUGUAAAGGGACGCCCAGAAUGGACGAGAUCCUACAGUGGUGCCAGCAAGCUUUUACCUAUCACCUGGAUCCUAAGGUGGACGCUGUUGGAGGAUGGAAAACAAUCCUAGAGACCUCAAAGCCUGGUCUGUUUUCAUCAUUUUCACAGUGGUUUACAUUUAGAACAAAAAGAAAAUAUUGAGGCAACAAUGCUGUAAAUUGUACUGCUUUUGGACUUUCUUAAAAAAAUAAACUUUUAAAAACUUAGCAAGUAUUAAUUACGUUUAUAGGCAUAUAUUUAUUAAUUAAAUUUUAUACAAAGUUACGUUUUUUCUGUGAGCAUAUUUACAUUUAGGAAAUAUAAUAUCAAAAUUUGUUUUUAAACAAUUAUGUUGUGUAAAAUUCCUUUUUUUCUCUAAUAUUCAUAACAUUAUAAUACACAAUUACACUUUGUAUCUAUUAAAAUAAUAAUUCUAUAAGCUUAUUUUAGAUGUUUAAUAAACAUAUACAAUAUAUUUG